AUGGCCAUAAAAUUACAAACAAUUGACAGGAAAGGAAGGAAGAAGGCAGAAGAAGAGAGGGGGGGAAAGAAAGCCAUGAAUGACAGGAGCAUGAAGGAAGCAGCACAGGUGACGGCGUCUUCAUGGAACAGUCGAGUGAUGGAGGAGACGAAUCGGGGCUGCACCAAAGUUGGGCAGAUCAUCUGCACCGAUAGCUGCUCCAAGGUUUCACUGUGCGUGGGAGACGGCGCUGGAGGGCUGGCCACCUCGACGCUGGAGACUUGUACGGACGGUCUGAGGUGCAGCGCCGGCGACGAGGCGUGCACACAGCCGGAGCUGUCCGAGUGCCGCAGCGGCAGCGCCAACGGCUUCGAGUGCCGGGCCGCCGGCUACUUCCCUGACCCGUACAACUGCAGCAUCUACCAUCUCUGUCCCAACGUCGGGGACCCCAACUACGUCACUGGCACCUGCACCGGCGCCUGGGCUUACAACCCGCUAACCACCGACUGCAGGUGA